UACGCAUGCGUUGUAACCAUUGUUUGAUCACCCGAGGCUUAUAAACGGGGUAAAGAGGUAAAGCGAGAGUAGAGGAAAUAGAAAUAAAGCUCUUCGCGUUACUUCCGUGAAUCUUCGAAGAAAGUACCUUCGGGAGGGUUUGAUGCCCUGAGGCUUGCAAAAAGGAAGGCUUUUCUCCGGCCGAAACUUCCUUUCUUUUGCUUCAGCCGGCCGCCGUCAUGUUCAAAAAACUGAAGCAGAAGAUAAGCGAGGAACAAACUUCGGGCCGCGGAAGUCCUGGCGGUGGCGCUUCAGGGUUUCUUCAGAGAUCUUCUGCACUGCCACCAUCAAUACACAGGAACAGAACAUCUCUUACAGAUGACAAUAUUUCAACUCCUAAUAGAGAGCUGCUAGCUGGGAUGAUAUCAGAGCCUGCUUUUCUUUCUGAAUAUACUGUUUUUGCUUUGGAACCCACCAAACAACCUAAGUCAAAGUGUGAGUGUGUGAUAAUACAUAAACAAAAUACAAGCAAUAAUGAAAGUGAAACAUCUUCAGUGGAAGUUAAGAUAGAUAAAAAACCAAAGAGGCAUCUUCAAGAAGAAUUUGCUGCAUCAUUAGAGCAAAAGGACCAAAUUAUCAGUGCCUUGCAGACACAGGUAUUAUUACUGAAGCAACAAUUGUAUAGUAAUGAGAUAAACAUUGAACUACCGAAUCCAAACGUUCAAACUCAGUCAGAAGUUCAGAGUCCUGUAAAAAAUCAGAAUACAGAAAAUACUUUGCAGUCAGCAGGUCCUGUUGGUAAUGAGAAUGCUGAUAAAACAAUAGAAACUCUAACUCAGAAAUUAAAACAUCAAGAAAAUUUGCUUCAUCAGUGUAAAGAAAGAAUUAAAUCUCAGAAGGAGUGCUUAGCACAGCUGACCAGUGAGAAAGAAGCACUGCAGGAACAACUAUAUGAGAGGCUUCAGGAGCUAAAGAAAAUAAAGGAUUGUCAUAUGGUUGAAAAUACCAAACUCAUUACUCAGCUACGUGAAAGCAAAAGCUUGAUAGAACAGUUAGAGCAAGAUAAAGGUAUGGUUAUAGCAGAAACAAAACGUCAAAUACAUGAAACUCUGGAAUUGAAGGAGGAAGAAAUUGCCCGGUUGCAUAUUCAUAUGAAGCAGGUGGUUUUGCAGAGUGAAGAACUAAAAAAACAGAAAGAAAAUUCUGAAAAAGCUGCAUUUGAACAGCUAGAGAAGGCUUUAAGUGCAGCUCAGUUGGCUGAAGAAUCCCACAGGAAAGUGCAAGCAGAAAUGGAUGAAAAAAUUAAAGCUGUUGAAAAGGCAAAUGAAGAAAAAUGUGUGAUCCUUCAACAGGAAUUAACAAGGGUGAAGCAGGAAGUGAGAAUUCUUGAGCUGGAAAGUUCCCCUCCAAAAUGUCCACAAAAUGAUAAAAGCCAGUUAGAAGAUAUGGUUGUUCAGAUCGAAUCAGACAAAAAUGAGGACAGUAAAGUAAUAGGUACUAUGACUGAAAAACAUAGAAAAGAAAUUGAAUAUGUGAAGCAGCAAGAACAGCAACACUGGAGAGAACAGCUUGACAUAUUUACCCAGCAGCAGCAAUCAGAAAUGGAAAAACUGAGAAAACAUUGUGAAGAAGAAACAGCCAAGCUGUUAAAAGAAAAAGAGGCUAUAUUUCAUGCUCAUAUUGAAGAAAUGAAUGAAAUUUUUUUAGAAAAGUUGAAUGUGAAACAAACAGAGCUAGAAGCACUUUCAUCUGAAUUAUCAGAUGCUCUGAAUACCUGUCAAAAUCUUGAACAAUAUAUUUCUAAGUUAAAAAAGGAUGCAGAUAAAACAAAGGUGGAAUUUGAGUCAAAACUUGAUCAGCAAAGGAAUAUUCAUAAGGAACAAGUUGAAGCUAUUUUUAAAGAACAGGAAGUAACUGAGAAAUCAUUUAAAGAAGAAAUAAUUCAACUCAAACAACUCUUGGAAGCAAAAGAAAAACGUGAAAAAGAAUUAGAACAGAAAAAAAUGAAAGAAACUCUAGGAAAAGCUGAGUCACAAUGUAAAAGAAUGUCUGCAGAAUUAGAUUUUUUAUGUCAAUUAAGGGACGAUAAUGCAAGUAUUUAUGAAAAUAAGUUUAAAAAUUUGCAAAAUAAAUUGGAAGUUAUAAAGCAUAAAAAGUCAAAACUUGAAGAACUGGUUCUAAAAACUGAAACCGAGCUGAAUGAAGUAAAAACUGAGUUAGAUUUUCAGACAUCCCAGGUAAGUGAUCUAACAUGUGAAUUGGAAGAAGAAAAGAGAAAAAAUAUACAGAACAUCUCAUCUCUGACAGAAAAGUAUGAAUCACAGUUAAGAAACCUUGGAGAAGAGAUCAGUCAAUUAAAAAGUCAUUGUACUGGCAAGGAAAGUGAAAUUGGACAAAUAAGGCAUUUCACGAAACAACAAAUUGAAAAGUAUAGGCAGCUGUUAUCAACCAAAGAAGAAGAAAUUAGUGCUUUCAGAGACGAAUAUGAACUCAAAUUAAAGCAGCAAGAGACACAAGCAGAGGAAGCUAUAGAAAAAGCAACAAAAAUGAAGGAAGAAUUUAAGCAAAAAUUUUCAGAACAAGAAGCAAAACUGAAAAAAGAGAUUGAAGGCAACCAGUUGGAAUUUUGUCAGAAAGAGAAGCAGUUCACUUCAAAAAUGCUGGCAAUGGCACAUACCAGUUCACUUGGAAUAAAUGAUGCUGUUUCAAAACUGGAGAUGAAUCAGAAGAAACAACUAAAAAGCAUGGAUGAAGCUCACAAGCAAGAAGUGGAUGAAGUUUUACAUCUUUGGGAAAAGAAACCAAAUCAACAGGCUGAAGAACUUUGGGGAAAGCAGGAAAUAAGAUUGCAAGAAAAAGAGCAGGAAAUAAGAGAUCUGAAAGAAAAAUUGACCACCUUUGCUGAAAAAGAAGGUAAUAAUGCAGAGAUUACAUGGUUAAAGGACAAAGAUACAAAGAAAGAUAAAACUAUACAUGAACUUCAACAACAACUGCAACAGACGUUAGCACAAGUGAACUUUUUGAAAGAAAAAGAAAUUGAUUUUAAAAAGCAACUUGUAAAAUUAGAGACUGAUCUUAAUUUUUCUUUGAAGGAGAAAUUAACAGUACAGGAACAGCUUAAUGAGAUAAAGAUAACAGAAGAAAAAAAGACAUAUGAUCUUUUGGAACUGGGAGAUAAAUUGAAAAUGACUGAUGUGGAACUCCAUGCCUUGAAGAUGUCUCAUCUUAAAGAACAGGAGAAUUAUAAGACAAAGUUAGAAGGGGAAAGAAAUGAGUUUCAGCAAAAACAAGCAGAAUUUGAAAAUUUCAAGAGAGAUACAAUUAGACAACUGGCUGAUUACCAGCAAAAAGCAGAAACUUUAUUGAAGAUAAAAGUUGGUGAACUGAUUGAACAAUGCAAUGAAAACAUUUCUUCAAUAAUAGUUAAAAUUGCUUACUGUCAGCAACAAACAAUAAAAAUUAAAGAAGGCAUAGUAAUUAAAAUCAAGCAGAUUCCAGAUCUAGAAUUUCAACUUAAACAAUUAACAGGGAGUCAUAUAACUUUAAACAGUAGCUUACAGGAGUCCAAAAAACACUUGGAGGAAAAAGAACACUUAAUAAUGUCUAUGAAAGCAGACAUGGAAAAACUUCUAACUGAAAAAGAACUAUUGCGAAAAGAAAGUUAUCUCCAGCAGCAAACAGCAACAGAGAAGGAAUCCUGCAUCACAGAGCUGAAAAAAGAAUUAUCUGAGCAUAGUAAUAUUGUUACUUCUAUGAGGGAGGAGAUAAAUGAGAAAAACGCAGAAAUCACAGAUCUCAAUAACAUUAUUAGUGAAUUGAACCUGAGACUUGAAAAGACUAUAUCAGAAAAAGAAACUGCCACAAUGUUAAAUAAGCAACACAAAAAAAACCAACUGCAGUUACUGAAUGAGAUGGAAGUACUAUCUUCCAAAGUUGAAUCAUUGACUGAAGAUAAAGUUACUGCCCUGAAACAGGUAGACCACUGGAUGAACAAAAUGUCAGAAUGGAAGAAGAAAGCUCAAUUGAGAUUUACACAAAAUUAUAAUACUAUUAAGGAAUUACAAAGUAAGAUUGAACUGAUUAAUAACCAAGUUAGUGAAAAAGAAAAAGAACUGAAUAGAAAGAAGGAAGAGCAUGAUAAACAAACCGAACAGUUAGAACAUUUAAAAAGCUUAAUGGAACAAAAGCAGAUCAGAAAAGAAAAACAGGAAUCUGAUUUGAUUGCUGAGAUAAAAAUCCAUUCAGCGAGAAUUGCUGAAUUAGAAGAGCAUAUUGCUCGGAAAACAAUGGAAAAUGAUUCUUUAAUGAAAGAAUGUAAAAAGUACCGUGAACAAAACAGUGAGCAAAAAGAAAUGGCACAACAACUCCAACAGGCUCAGGGGGCAAUAGUGGACAAGGAUGACAAACUGAAGGAGAUGGAACAAAAAGUCCUAACUUUUGAGAAGAAAAUGCAGGUUAUGGAAAUUGACCUGGAAGAAAAAUCAAAAGAAUUUGAAGGAAAGAAACUGGCUCUAUUGAAAACCAAAGAGGAAGAAUUAAAGGCUUUAGAAGAAAUGAUUAUUUCAGAAACAACUUCUAAAAUAGCAGAUCUGGAAAAAAAGGCGGAACACAAAAUUACUUCUAUUAAAAGGCAGCUGACGACUCAGAUGGAAGAGAAACAGCAGCAAAAUAAGCUACAGAAAAAAUUGCAAGAAAAAGAAAAGAAAAUCAUGUCUUUAGAUUUAGAAAAAGAGUUGAUACAGAAAGCAGAAACAAUAAACGUUUCUGCAGAGCAAGAUAAAGUCCAUGCUUUAGAGAAUAUGCAACAGAUGUAUGAUUUAAAAAUUGAUAUUUUAAGAAAGGAUUUAUUGGAUAAGGAGAGAUUACUUGAGAAGUAUAAUGAGGAAACAAAUAGAUGUAAUAUUUCAAAAAUGGAGAAUCAGGAUCAGCAAGAACUUCUUAAAAGAGCUGAAGAAGAUAAAAAUAAAAUUGAAAAUCUUCAACGAGAACUUGAGGAAGAAAUUAAAAAACAGGCUUCAUUACUUGAACAACAUACCAAGUGUAAGAGUGAAUUAACAAAUAUCAAGGUAGAAUUGAAAAACAAAGAAGUAAAUCAACAAAAUAUGGAAAUUGCACUUAAAGACUUAGAAAAAAAGCUACAAGAAAAGGAGGAGGAAAGACAAUCUUUACAACAAAAGAUGCACCAUUUUGGUGAAGAUUUUAUGAAAGAAAGACAACACAUGAUUGAAGUGAAAAAUAGAAUUACAGAAUAUGACAAGAAAUUAAACAGACUGCAAAAUCAGGUAGAUGAAAGAAGCGGCCUUAUAAAAAUUCUGGAAGGAAAUAUAGAAGAAAAGACUAAAUCAGUCUUUGAACUUCAGAAGAUGGUUGAUAAGAUGCAGCUGCAACAAAAAGAUUUGCAAACUACACUGAAACAUGCAGAGCAAGAGAAACAGGAACAGCACAGAAAUUUGAUUAAACUUCAGAAUGAUUUGCGAACUUUGCGGAAAGAACAUCAGCAAGAGCUGGAAAUUAUGAAGAAAGAAUCUAGAGAAGAAAUGGAACAAAAAAUAAAAUAUGAACAGGAAGACAUUGAAUUGAAACACAAUUCCACAUUAAAGCAGCUAAUGAGGGAAUUCAAUACCCAACUGGCACAAAAGGACCAGGAAUUAGAAAUGGCUUUAAAAGAAACUAUCAGUAAAGCCCAGGAAGUGGAAUCAGAAUUGAUAGAAAGCCACCAAACAGAGACAGUUCAACUGCAUAAAAAGAUUUCAGAAAAGGAUGAUGAUCUACAAAGGGUCGUGAAAAAGUAUGAAGAAAUACUUGAGGCCAGAGAAGAGGAAAUGACCAAAAAAGUAAAUAAAUUGGAGGAACAUCUGGUGCAAUUAGAGGACAAUAAAAAAAGAUUAGCACAUGAAGAAAGUUGGAAUGGUGAUGAAGACAAAAUAGCAGAACUUCAGGUUCAGUUAGCCGAAAAGACAAUACUGGUUAAUGAUUCUAAGUUGAAAGAACAGGAGUUCAGAGAACAGAUUCACACACUACAAGAUAAGUUGAAAAAUUAUGAGAAGGCUGUAUAUGUCACAACAGUUAAAACACCUUAUAGAGAUGGGAAUCUUUGUCAUUCAGAUGUGUCUGUUUUUGGUGAACCAACUGAAUUUGAGUACUUGAGGAAGGUGAUUUUUGAAUAUAUGAUGGGCCAUGAAACAAAGACAAUGGCAAAGGUUAUAACUUCAGUGCUGAAAUUUCCUCCUGAUCAAACUCAGAAGAUCUUAGAACAAGAAAAUGCUCGGACACUGGUAAGAAUUGAUAAGAAGUUUUGGAGCUCAGCUCUGGUUUUGAUCUUCAUAUUGGAGAACUUCGUAACAGAUUACACAACUUUGAAAUCAGAUCAUAUCCUCAAAUUAGCUCUUUGAAGCAUGUAGCAGACAGAAUAGUUAUUCAGGUUUCACCUGAGAAAUACACAGCAAGGAAGUACAAGUUGACAAUUGGGACUAUGAAUAUGGUUAAUUUUUUGCCUUUAAGAAAGAUUGUUCAACAACUGCUGUGUGCUUCAUUUGGAUACAAUUUUCAGUUUAGCUUUAUAGUUUUUUGAAAAGGAAUCAAAGUAUUUUCCUUCAAAAAAAAGUUGCUUUCACAAAAACGAAUGAUUCAAUUUAUUUUAUCGUGGGUUUUGUUUAUAUGUUUCAAAAUUAUUUCAGACAAUAUGUAAUACAGUCUGAAUGUGAGUUGCCUAGCCAUUUUCUUUCUAUUAAUUGUUUAUUAAAAGCCAUUAUUUUUAAGCUUUUGCUUAUAAUGAAUCCAGAUUGCAAGACAUUUAUUAAUAUAUAGCUUUUGUACUAUAUUUUGGGAGAAAUAAAUUUGAAGUCUUAUAAUUUGUAAAUAGGUACUAUUUACUUGUAUUAUAAGUUGAUCUCUGAUUGUUGGCAACACUAAUCUUUCAGAGCUGGAAGAAAAUAAAACUUUAUUUAGUGUA